UCGGUUUUUUCAAAGUUAUUGCUUUGAUAUAAUAAAUGGCUAAAAACAUUUUCAAGUCUAUGUAUCCAGAUGAAGACUUUUUGCCACGCGCGCCUGAUCCAGAGGAAAUUGUUCUGGAAGGUGACGAAGCACCGGGCCCGAAAUUCGAGGGUGGUGAUAUCGCGGAGGGUGAGGAGAAGCAAGACGUCGAGAAAGCCGAGAAAGAGGAAGAAUGAACAAUUAUCAUAUAAUGCUUUUGCGUCUUUAUUGUCGAAAAUGGGAAGAUAUAUGGCGUCACGCUUUGAUACUUCAGUAUUACAGUAAUGCAUACCGCAAUUUACAUAUAAAUUAUUGUAUGUGCACGAGCCAUUAGUCAUUUAGAUAGACGUCGCGACAUAUUGGGAUUGAUAGUUUGUAUUACAUACAAUGACAUACAUUAUACAUAAAUAGAUAUACCUUUAAUGCGCUGUCAUAAUAUAUCUGUAAUAAAUAUGAGAAAAAAUGUACAACUCGAUUUAAAUAAAUAAUUGGUUCUCGUAUAA